UGUGUGGUGUAAACUAUGAUAGUACUACUGCAGGACUGUUAUGUGCAAAUUGAAAAUGAUGUUUUGGUCCCCUUCCAUGAUCUUCAACUUCUACCACAUCUUAGAUGUUAGGACAUCCUUGCAAAAGGAAAAGGGAAAAAACAAAAACAUUCAUUGUUAGCUUUCUUUCUUGUGUUGUGGUCUUGGAGACUUGGGAGUUCUUGCAAAACAGAAUGGCGAAUGAGAAACAAUUGAAAUGGGAAGGCAAGGCUAGUGCGGAGCUCAAUGGCCCAGAAGCAGAACAAGUGUGGCCUCUUUUGGAGGACUUCUUUGGCCUGCACAAGUGGUUCCCAACUCUCACAACUUGCCUUGGUGUUGAAGGCAUAUCAGGGCAACCCGGUUGUGUGCGCUACUGCGCUGGGUUCAAGACUCCUGUUGACCAUAAGAGAGAGCAAGACCAAGACCAAGAGAAGGUGAAUUGGACCAAGCAGAAGCUGCUUUCUAUAGACCCAGCACAACUGAUAUUUAGCUAUUCUAUUAUAGAUGGGAAUGUUGGGUUCAACUCAUACAUUUCAACUGUGCAAGUGGUUCCAAAGGAAGGUGGCUGCAGCAUCGUGUGGAAGUAUGAAGUUGAACCCGUGGAGGGGUGGAAAAUGGAGGAUCUGGACAUGUUUAUUGGCACAGGCUUGCAAGUCAUGGCUAGCAGAAUGGAAGCCUCUCUCCAACUCCAAGUUGGGCCACUGGAACCAUAGAGUCAUAACUUGUCUUGCUGUCCCUUGUUGGUGUGACUUUAUUUCUCUUGGCUCAGCAUUAAUAUUGUUGCAGAAAAGGUGUUAUGUGUGUUUUUCUGUGUCUGUUUUCUUCUUCUUCUUUUUUAUUUAUUUAUUUAAAUUUAAAGAUAUGUAUGUCGAUCCAUCAACUAUGUAAAAUCCUGCAGUAAAUUUUAUUUCCUUUUGAUAUC